UGGGCCGUCCGCUGGAAGUCCUCUCCGUCACAGAUAUAUCUAAUCACUGCACAUCACAAUGCCCGGUGUACCGUCCGGAAGAGGGUGCGACAACUGUCGCAAGUCGAAGAAGAAGUGCGAUGAGGUCAAGCCCGUCUGUACACGAUGCGCUCGCCGCGGAAUCGAAUGCGUCGGUGCCGGCGAAAAGCGCUACAAGUUCAUGGAAGACGGCCCCACGAUAGUCAAGAAGCGGUCUCCAAAACGUCAUCUCACCACCACGCCGUCUCCUGAUGGGACGGAUAUCAUUCGUCGCGUCGCUAUCAACCCAACUAACAGUACAAUGCUCCUUGGGCAGGGGCUGGUAGCGGCUAUGAAGCCAGGGACGAGUUUGAGGUAUAAUCUGAUGUGGGCGUAUGGCGGUUAUCUUACUCUCAUCCCGCGACGUCUGGGGUUGAACGAGGCGUUGGAUACAGCUGUUGAUGCCAUGGUAACAACCCAUGCGUCGUUUUCGUCGUGCAAGGAGGUCACCAUAAAGUCUCUUACGAAAUACUCAAGAGCGCUGGGAGCUUUGCGGAGAUGCCUGGAUGAUCCCGUCACGGCAAGCUCAUCGGAAACGCUCUGCGCUGUAUCUGUCCUGCUCCUUGUUCAACACAUGAUAGGCCCAUCGGACCUGAAGUUUACAGGUCACGCUGAGGGAGCUGCCAAAAUUCUAAAAGCUCGGAAGAACUGCGCUCCUCGAGACGCCUUUGAGCGCUUACUUUUGUUGUCACUGCGUGGUCCAGUUCUGUUUGAAGGCCUGUUCAACCCUAAUAUAAAUUUGAGCCCAAAGGAAUGGAAGGAGCUGGUGCAGAGUGACCUGGACGCGCAUACACCAGAAGGGCAGAUGCUCACACAUUUCUCCCAAGUCCCAGAUAUCCUGGACAGAGUCAAAGCCAACCCCGACGGGUUGGCUGGGCUGUUAAUCUUGCAGGCCGAGAUGAAGAGCCUGUACUUCAAGACGCGCAACAUUUGCGACCUGCUUCGCCUUGAACUAGAUCAGAUCGAGAAUCCCGGCGAAACCCCACAUCCAAACCCAUACAACCUCCCCCCGACCAUGCUCCAUGCCCACACUCAACGAUUUUACGGCAUCUGUAUCACCAUUUGUCUAUACAUGAAUUACAUCCUUGUCGCCAUGCGGACAAACGACCCCGAGCUCUCGAGGGAUGCCAACUACCUCGCCCUCGAAGCUCUCUCCAUCGCCGAGAAUGCCCUGCAGUACCGGCCAUUUGGCGCCGGGUACGUUACACUUGCGCUUGUAGCGGGCGUAAUGGCCGUGGACAAACCAUCGCUGCGAAUCCUGCUUCAGUCAUGGGCAGCAGACUACUGGGAGGAUUUUAACAUGCCGAACUUGGACUUUGCGGUAAUCGUCGAGUCGUUCCGUCGCUUGGACCCGUUCGCGUCUGCUGAUACGCCGGAUGGAUGGCCUGAGGCCGAAGAAGCGGCCUUGUAUGACCCGGUUUUGUUCAAGGACGAGUCUGAGUCGCCCAAGAUAGUGGAAUUUAUUAGCUAGACGAUUACUGCCGUAACCCGAAUCACACCUCCAGAUUACAUUAUCCAUAAAUC